AUGAUUUUAAUCUUAUUAUUGCAAUCACAUGAAAAUCUAGUCACAAUCGAUUUUCAGGUAGUUCACCAACUCUCCGAAGGAUGUAGAUUAUUCAGUUACUGGGGGAUUGACGCAGUGAAAAAACUAGACAGUUCCAGUGGGGAAAAAGUUGGAAUCAAGAUAAGCCUACCGUCCGACACGUGUCCCCGUGAUACAAAAGCUCCUCCUCUUUUUGGGAAUGUCUCAUCCUCUUUGAUUUUAUCUGUAUUUAAUAAAACUAUUAAGUCUGAGAUUACUGAAUCACAGGAUAUUUGGAGUUUCAACUACAGUAUACACAAGUGCCUGACUGAUAUUCCUGAAGACUAUGUUCCUCUAAACAUCACUAAGUUCCCUUAUGAGCACAAACUGACGACACCAUUCGUACCUGGGGAGACAUUCUUUAUAAGAGGAAAAACGCCUGGAUUCAAUCAGCAAAUCUCGAUCUCAUUUUUGAAUAAGGAAGCAAACGACUGGGCAAUCUAUAUAAUGAUAAAUCAGGAUCGCAACGACGAGAAUAACAUAGUGAUUUCCACUUGGAAACAUGAUGUUUUAAAAGUAAGAGACGAUGGAAUGAACAACCUUGAAAACCCUUAUGCAUACUAUACGGAUUUCGAAAUUCGAGUGACGUCAAAUGAUACUGUAGCCAAGAUUUCGUUCAAUGGAACCGAGUAUGAAUACGAGUUAUAUCCAGAUGUCCCAUUAACAGAGAUCGAUUAUUUCUCGGUGAAUUAUAACGCAUAUGGAUAUCAAACCGGUACCGUUGAUUUCCUGGGAUGGACCGGCGAUUGUGAGGUAGUUCGCCAACUCUCCGAUGGAUGUCAAUAUUUUAAAAUCGAGAAAAUUCGAAAAUUGCAGAAAAAAGACAGUUCCAGUGGUCAAAAAGUUGGAAUCAAGAUAAGCCUACCGUUCGACACGUGUCCCCGCGAUACAGAACCUCCACCCCUUUUCGGGAAUGUCUCAUCCUCUUUGAUUAUAACAGAUGGAUCGGAUAAUUAUUAUAAAUCUGAAAUUACUGAGACAUCGGAUGGGUGGAAUUUCAACUACAGUAUACAUCAGUGUCUGACUGAUAUUCCAGAGGACUACGUUCCUCUGGGUAACACUACAUUCCCUUAUGAGCACAAACUGACGUCACCAUUCCUUCCCGGGGAGACAUUCUUUAUGAGAGGAAAAACGGCUGGAUACAAUGAGCAAACCUCAAUCGCAUUCUGGAAAAAGGAUGUUAUAGAUUUAGUGAUCUAUAUAAUGAUAAAUGAAGAUCGCAAUGGCUUGAAUAACAUAGUGAUUUCCACUUGGAAGCAUGAUGUUUUAAAAGUAAGAGACGAUGGAAUGAACAAACUACCGAACCCUUAUGCAUACUAUACGGAUUUCGAAAUCCGAGUGACGUCAAAUGAUACUGUAGCCAAGAUUUCGUUCAAUGGAACUGAGUAUGAAUACGAGUUGUAUCCAGAUGUCCCAUUAACAGAGAUCGAUUAUUUCUCGGUGAAUUAUAAUGCAGGCAAAUAUGGUAGCUAUCAAACCGGUACCGUUGAUUUCCUGGGAUGGACCGGCGAUUGUGAGUACAAACAGUUGUGCCCUAUGAACGAUUGUUAA